CCUAUUGUUCCGACAUGCUUUUUCCGGUUAGUCACUCUAAUUUUUCUGUUGUAGUUGUGUACAUACAUAUAUCAAUGCGCUUUCGUAAAUUUUUUGCAAUCUUUCAAAUCUACUCAAUCUAGUGCUUUUCGAUCCCAAAAUCUCUCUCUUCAAAGUUUUUGGGGUUUUGCCUCUUUCUCUCUCUCUCUCUCUGGUAUCUAGCCUAGGGUUUCUGUACAUUCCAUCUCGACUUAGCCUUGCCCUUUUUCAUUUUUAAAUUGUAUUUGAAGAAUUUGUAGUUCGGAUUUUCUCUCGAUUAGUGCUUUCUUUUCAAAUAUAUAUGUUUGGAGAUGAUUUUUGCAUUCUUAUCUUUAGAGGUUAGAUUCCAAUUCACUCUCUAUCUCUUUGUUAGGGUUUCAGGUAUUGGGAACUCAAUUCCUUGCUCUGUUUAGCUUCUUCAACGUUUCUUUUUAGUUAAUUUUUGCUUGACCGGUAAAAUUCAAAAAUUGGCGGUUGAUUUUGCUCUAGUUUGGCUACUUCAGCUGAAUUUUGGAGAUUGGGAUAUCAAAACUUUGAAUUCGUGUUGCUGUCGGGGUUUUUAUUGAUCAGGUUUUAAAACAAAAAGUUGAAAAUUUCCAAUUUGAGUGAGUACCCGGUUCAACGGUUUCCAACUUGUAGAAAAGAAACCCUGAGUUCAGAAUCUCAACUUUGCUCUUGUACUACCCUUUUUCUGGGGUUCGUAUUGGUUUAUCUCUGUUUUUGAUACUGUGAUCAAGAAAAUAAGAAACAGAAAGAAUGGCCUCAUAUAGGCCAUUCACUCCACAAUCAUUCCCUCCUCCACCACCUCAAAAUCAAAACCCUCUUCCACCCACAACAACAACAACACAACAACAACAACAACAACAUUAUGGUCAAAAUUACAAUAAAAUGAAUCCGAAUUCUAAUUACCAUUACCCUCCUUCAAGACCGCCCCAACAACAACAACACCCACCACCUCCUCCACCUACACAACAGCAAUAUUCUUAUCCCCCUCCUCCUCCUCCGCCUCCGGAUUCUUCCUAUCCACCUCCCCCUCCUCCUCCUUUGCCUACAAUGCCGCAAAAUGCGAUCAACUCGCAGCCUCCAAUGUACUAUCCACCUUCACAGUAUCCAUCACAGUAUGGUAAUCCAGCAAUGCAGCCAGCGCAGCCACCUCCCCCACCUCCUCCCCCGAGUUCUCCGGGUUCUGCGAUCCCUCCACCACCUCCCCCGAGUUCGCCUCCACCGCCGCCUCCUCCAAAGGAGAGUGUUGGGGAUAAGGGGUUAAAUGAGCGCAGUAAAGGAGGGAAUAGGGAUUUUUUGGGGUCUGGAAGACGCGAACAUGGGCAUUCCAAUCAUGCGGCUGGAGUUAGAGAUCAGAAGCCGAUGAUGCCUCCUGUGAAGAAGCCGAACGGACCUGCGGGAAGGGUGGAGACAGAGGAGGAGAGAAGGUUGAGGAAAAAGAGGGAGUUUGAGAAGCAAAGGCAAGAGGAGAAGCAUAGGCAGCAGAUGAAGGAGUCCCAGAAGACCCAGAUGAUGCCUUCUGGGAAAGGGCAUGGUUCUAUGGUAGGGUCACGGAUGGGAGAUAGGAGGGCUACACCGUUCUUGAGUGGUGAGAGGAUUGAGAAUAGGUUAAAGAAGCCAACUACAUUUUUGUGCAAGUUGAAAUUCCGAAAUGAACUCCCCGAUCCAAGUGCACAGCCCAAACUCAUGGCUUUGAAGAAAGAUAAAGAUCGGUUUACAAAAUACACCAUCACUUCUCUGGAGAAAAUGUACAAGCCUAAACUUUUUGUUGAGCCAGAUCUUGGGAUACCACUGGACCUGCUUGACCUCAGUGUAUACAAUCCUCCUAGUGUUAGACCAUCUCUUGCCCCAGAAGAUGCAGAACUCUUGCAUGAUGAUGAAGCUGUAACCCCUAUAAAGAAAGAUGGUAUAAGACGAAAAGAAAGACCCACUGACAAAGGUGUUUCUUGGCUGGUUAAAACACAGUACAUAUCCCCACUUAGUAUGGAGUCAACAAAACAGUCUUUAACUGAAAAGCAAGCAAAAGAACUGCGAGAACUUAAGGGAGGCCGCAAUAUUUUGGAGAACCUUAACAAUAGGGAAAGACAAAUUAAAGAAAUUGAGGCAUCAUUUGAGGCAUCCAAGUUACGUCCUGUUCACGCAACCAAUAAAAACUUGGAGCCUGUUGAAGUUAUGCCCCUCUUACCUGAUUUUGAUCGGUAUAAUGAUCAGUUCGUUAUGGUGGCAUUUGAUGGUGCUCCUACAGCUGACUCAGAAAUCUUCAGCAAGCUGGAUGAUUCUGUUCGUGAUGAGCAUGAAUCAAGGGCCAUUAUGAAAAGUUAUCUGGCAGCAAGCUCAGAUCCGGCUAAUCCAGAGAAAUUUUUGGCAUACAUGGUGCCUUCUCUUGAUGAGCUAUCGAAGGGUAUGUAUGAUGAGCAUGAAGAUGUCUCAUAUUCUUGGGUUCGCGAGUACAAUUGGGAUGUACGGGGUGAUGAUGCAAAUGACCCAACGACAUACCUUGUUUCGUUUGAUGAAGGAGAAGCUCGCUAUGUGCCUCUUCCCACAAAGCUUAAUUUACGAAAAAAGAGGGCCAGAGAGGGAAGAACUGGUGAUGAGAUUGAACAUUUUCCUAUACCUGCUAGAAUAACUGUAAGGAGGAGAUCAACUGUUGCUGCAAUAGAACUGAAAGAGCCAGAGGUUUAUUCCAGCUCAAGGGGCGGUAUGUCGAGCUCAAAGAUAGGAAGGCUAGAUGCCGAAGAUGGUCUCGGAAGAUCACACAAGCUUGCACGACACCAUGAUGUUGAUCAGUAUAGUGGAGCUGAGGAUGACUUGUCUGAAUGAUUGGUGCAUGUAUAAAUAGGGACAACCUUUUUAGAAGUUUCGAAGAGUUUUGCAACUGUUGGGCACUGACUGACUAGAUUUAUUUCCAAGCAAAUAAAUCAAGAGAGUGUGAUAUCCCCAUAUUUGUAUUCCCAAAUAUAUACAAUUAUUUGUUUUUGGAUCCUAGUUAAAUUCGGUUCAGAUAUAGGGUUUUUUUUUUUUUUCUUUCCUUGGAACACCAUAAAGAGGCGAAAGAGUGAUAUUAUUGUACAAAGGGACGGGGCAAAUGUAACUUAGAAAUGCUGUUUUCACGUGGAACGUCCUCAGAAUAGUCUGUAUUUUUCCCAGAAACGCUGCGUCGUGCGUUCUAGCCUUUUUUUUUUAUGUGGGGUGUUGUAUCAUCA